AGGCCAAGUACAGUUACUACUGUAUGGUAGGCUUCUGGGUUUUUGGGAAUGACCCAAUAUCCUAACUCUYCCCUGUAGACCACUCGUACCGUUCGUACCUUACUGAACGAGGACGAACUACGAGCACGAGUACCAGUCGUAGCACCGCAUGGUACGAGUUCCUACGUACCGUACUCGAAUUGGAUUUUUGAAAAAAUCCAUUGAAAAACAGAUCCAUUGCAUUGAAUUUAGUACUCUUGGUUUUUCGUCAACCAUCUUCUCGCACCAUGUCUUCACUGCCCUCCCCCAYCCUGUUGAUUGCACCCUCCAAGGCGGAGCUUCCCCCCGUGUUGUGCGACGCGAUCGUUACCCGUGCUGCCGAAGCCAUCCGAGAACGCAACGCGUUUUCGAUCGCCCUGAGUGGUGGAUCGCUCCCGAAGUUUCUCGGCAAGCUCCCCGAUCGCUUCAGGGAGCGAGCCAUCGACCCACGGUGGGACGCAUGGCACGUAUUCCUGGCCGACGAACGGUGCGUUCCGAGCACGCACGAUGAUUCAAACCUGAAGUCGAUCCGUGCCAACUUCUUGGAUUCUCCCGGUGUCGCCAUCCCCGACGACCAGAUCUACGRCAUCGACGAAAGCCUGGUCGAUCGGCUGGUGAAGGAACAAGAAGAAGACGCGUCGGCGGCGGAUGCCACGACCGAAGAGAUCKCGGUGAAAUACGAGGAAAAAAUGAGGGAUACCCUCCGUUCCUCCGAMUCUACCCUCGAUCUGGCAGUUCUAGGCUUUGGUCCGGACGGACACACCUGCAGCUUGUUCCCCGGCCAUCCACUCCUGGCGCUGGAAUCCGGCAAGUGGAUCGCAUCGAUCGUAGACUCACCCAAGCCACCACCCCGUCGGAUUACACUAACGAUGGCAUUUCUCAACGAAAACMCCAGCCACAUCAUUGUGUGCGGUGCCGGCGCUUCGAAGCACGCCAUUACCGAAAAGGUAUUUGUCCUUGGAGACGGGGACGUCAAGGAAGGCGAAGCAUCCUGUCAGACGCUGCUUCCAGAGCUUGCCUCGCCUCCACCCUAUCCCUGUAGCAUGGUAACACCGACCAAGAGUCUCACGUGGGUGGUCGACGUCGAUGGAAUGGUCGGCGAGAAAAAAUGACCGAUUGGGGACAACCGCAACGACACCGGGCSAUUCCCAUCGAUGGAUCCCGAUGCGCAUGUCGUCUACAGCAGCAACUCUCGUGGCUUUCCCGGGACCAGCAAGCUAUAACAAGGAGGAACACAUUCAGACGAUCCCCAUCGAUUGGUUUGAUCUAAGCAAUAACCAGAGCAGCAGUUC